CGUUCCCAAACCUGGAGGAUCAUCGUCCGAUUCAAUAGCAUGAUUUCAACUGAUCGACGAUGAAUCGGAAAUUCUGCAAUUGCGCUAUCUGUGAGAAUUCUAGUCAAGCUUCCAUUUGCGCCGUUUGCGUCAAUCACAGGUUGAAUGACUACAACUCUGCGUUAAAAUUAUUGAAAGCUCGGCGCGAUUUGUUGUAUUCGAGGUUGAGCGACGUACUUGUGGCAAAGGGGAAGGCAGACGAUCAAUUAAAUUGGAGAGUUACUCGGAAUGAGAAACUUACUAGGUUAAGGGAGAAACUCCGGCGCAGUAGAGAGAAACUCGAGCAAGGAAAGACAGAGAUUGAGUUGACGUCCUAUGAUCUCAAAUUGAAAUAUACGAUGCUUGAAUCAGCUCGUUCUGUGUUGGAAAAACAACGAGUUGAACAACUGGAGAAAGCCUAUCCCGACCUUAUUAGCACCAAGAAUCUGGGACAUAUGGCAAUUACCUCUGAACGCCUUCACAAACAAUCCUUGGUUGUAAAACAAAUGUGCAAAUUGUUUCCACAACGUCGGGUUUUAGUUCAUGGAGAGAACAAAGAGGGACCAAGCGAGCAAUUUGAUCAAAUCUGUUAUGUGAGCUUACCAAGAGGACUGGAUCCGCAUUCUGUUGAGCCACACGAGCUUUCAGUUUCUUUGGGAUACAUGGUGCAACUUCUAAAUCUUGUCGUUCAAUAUCUGGCUGCUCCUGCACUUCACCACUCGGGUUUUGCAGGUUCUUGUUCACGCAUAUGGCAAAGGGAUUCAUAUUGGAAAGCUCGUCCAUCUUCCCGAAGCAAUGAGUAUCCACUUUUUAUACCACGUCAAACCUAUAGUUCAACAAGUGGGGAAAAUUCAUGGUCUGAUAAAUGCUCUAGCAGCUUCGGUGUUGCUUCCUUGGAAUCGGAGAGGAAAUCACAUUUAAGUUCACUAGAAAGUAGUAGCUUCAGUUAUCCGUCCGCUCCUCCACAUUCUAUAGAAACGCACAAGAAUUUGCAGAAGGGGAUUGCCCUCCUCAAGAAAAGUGUAGCAUGUGUCACCUCAUACUGCUAUAACUCUCUCUCUUUAGAUGUUCCUUCUGAAGCUUCUACUUUUGAAGCAUUUGCUAAAUUAUUGGCUACUCUUUCUUCAUCCAAGGAAGUGCGUUCUGUUUUUUCCCUCAAAAUGGCUUCUUCCAGGCCCCCUAAGCACGUUCAGAAACUGAACAAGUCUGCAUGGACUGUUAAUUCGAUUUCAUCCACCAUGCUGUUCGAGAGUGCACAUUCACAAAUAAUGAAAACCAAUUGUGAGAGUAACCUUCCAAGUUAUCUUUAUGCCACCGAGUUUUCUGAUGCUGGAAAGAAUGAUUGCACCAUUGAGGAAUGGGACUUUAUAGAGCAUCCAACGCUUCCUCCACCACCAUCUCAAUCUGAAAAUAUUGAGCAUUGGACUCGAGCAAUGAUCACCGAUGCCACCAAACAGUAAUUUAAUGGUAUAUGGAGAUAGCAUGAGAAAUAGAAGGGGAUUUGGAACUACUCAAUACACAAUCAGCUUUCGACCUGUAAAUAUGAAGACUUCCAAAAGGUGUACAUCCCUCAACAUGUUUAGGUUUAGGAUAACUUUUAUUAUUCCAUCAUACUAGCCAAUAGUAUUUUCGGAUCUUUUUUUUUUUUUAUUUGUUUUUAAAAUGGGUGCACAUGGAGGAGAUGGGCUGUGGGGGCGUCUUUCAAAUAUCUGUAGUAAUUGGUCUUUAAAUUUGCUCAUCCCGUAUGUUGUCAUGAUUUUAUUGGUUUGAAUCAUCACUCCACUUAAUAACUAGAUUUUACUGAACACAAACACUAAUUGAUAACAACUAUUCGAUAAA